AUGGCGCGGGCUUUGUGUGAAGCGGAAGGCCCCAGCGCGCGUCUCCGGUGUGCGUACACCGAGAGCCUGUCGCAGCGCAGUCGGCGACCCUCUCGCAGACUUUCCAUUCUCGGCCUCACUCUGCUGCCUCUCGCCUCUAUGAGCGUCUUGGCGCCCGCGGCUAGCGACACGUCGUCUUCUGCGCUCGUCUUCGCCGUCGCCAACCUCAACAGGCCGCCAGCCUCCGCUCCCCAGUGCUCGGGGUAUAAUGCCUCCGCGGGUUCCUGCCGCUCUUCAGACCCCUCGCUGGCUUUCGUGCGCGGGCAGCCUCCUCGGGCGCUGUCUGUCCCUUCGCCUUCGGCGUCCGCGGCCUUGUCUCCAGCGGUGCAGGACUCGAACGCCUUGAGUGUUGGCCCUGCGAGCGUCGGCGCCCGUAGCAGCGUGGGUUUGCUCCCCCUGAAAAGCGCGAAGUUUUCCUUCGAAGGCGACGAGAUCGGGGGCCCUAUCAAGCCGCUGCGCGGCAUGGUGCUGCUCGAACGGCGCGAGGCCGUGGAGAAAAGCUCGGGAGGCGUGUACCUUCCCUCCGAGUCCAAGGGCAAGCAGGUGGUCGCGCGAGUCCUCGAAGUCGGGUCUGGCGAAGUCAACCGCGACACCGGAGUUCGCAUUCCCAUCGACGUCGUCCCCGGCGACUGGGCGAUCAUCUCGCGACACGCCUUAGACUCGUUCAAGUACAACGGAAAGGAUUGCGUUCUGGUUGAGGCGCGGGAUAUCCUCGCGAAGGUGCGGACGACCGUGGAGGAAAGAGACGCAAAUCCUUCCGACCUGCUGCCUCUCGGCGACACCGUCCUCGUGCGGCUGACAAAGCUGCCUGAGCGAACCGCGAGCGGACUGUACCUACACCAGCCCGGGGGAGAUCGCUCUCGCAGCCAAAGCGUGAAGCGAGCGGAAGUCAUCUCCGUGGGACCCGGCUGCUACAACAAAAACGGCGAGCGCGUUCCCGUCGAUGUCAAGGCAGGAGACCACGUUUUGUUCUCGCCUUACAGUCAAGACGAGCCGGAGAUGACCUAUGGCAGCAAUUCUUACGCGUUCCUCAAGGCCGCGGACCUCCUGGCAAGGUGGUGA